AUGUACCACGGCACCCAAAGGUACACUUUACGAGAUCACAGCUCUCGAAAAAGAAAGCUCAAUUACAGGCAAACCUCUGAUGAUCGCUUAAAGCCUCUCCUUCUCGAGAAUCCGAAGAUUCCUGAUCCAGUAGACACAGUUGUCGAAGCGGGAAAGGUCAUCACGUAUAUGAAAAGGAUUGCUGGCGAAGCGGAAGAAGACACGGGCGCCUAUUGUGUCAGAAUCCUAAUUGGAAAUACAGAAUCUUUGAGACUUAAUCUGGAUGCUCAGACAUUUAUAGCUUCAGAGUUUGGCCUUUGCUCGAUUUCUUUAUCGGAUAGCAGCCCAUACAGCAUCGAUAGGAUUCUCACUAUUCGUGGGACUUUGAAGAGUUUGCUGGCUGCUGCAGCCUUCUUAUCCUAUAAGCUUUCAAGUGAUAUGAAUAAUGUUCUCAAAUCUGAGGCGUUCACUCUCAAAUCACUGAAUUACAAGAUCGACAUUUUAGUGGAAGCUGAGGAGCUAGAGUUGGAUAACUUUGCGUCCAAAAUGAGCUAUUUUGACUCUUCCAUGUACGAUUGUAACCGUCACCUCAAUCAUGUAACGUUGAAGGGCGACGUUCAGUACAUUUUUAACACAGUUUAUCAGGUUACAAAGAGAUUUCCAUUAAAGAAGUAUGUUCAGGACACAGAAAUUAGGUCUUUACCAAUCAUCCGACUGCAUGAUCAUGACCGUUUAUUCAAAUCAACAGAAACCGAAGCGGAUUUACUAAAAAGCAAAGAAGAGCUUUUGAAGUUCAUUUAUACGGCCCAACAUGUUAAUAAAAAUGGGUCUUGA